GGAUGUGAUGUUGCUGAGAGAGAGCUGUGGGCAAAGCUGCCCUGCCUGCCUGGCCCCAAAAGGCAACGCUGCUGGAGGAGAGGGAGGGAAGGAUGCUGCCUUUUGUGUCUGUGAUCUCAAAGCCUGUCUGGAAAGAGCAGUGUCAGAGCAAAACUUUGUUGAUGUUGAACUGCUUAAUGUUUCACAGUAAGGCAGUGUUGAAUGCAGAAGCCUCUGAGGAUGCCUGGAGCUGUGCAACAGAGACGCUUUGUUGGCCUGGAUGGCUGCAUACCUGCCAUGGUUUGUAGCAGGCUUUGCUCUCAGCUGUGUCAUCUCUACCCCUUUCUAGGCCAUUAACACCUUGCCUCUUCAGCCAGCAUCCCGCUGAGGUUUGCCCUGGGCUGCAAACUCUGCAGAUCCUCGUUUCUACAAUCGUGCAAAAAGGUUUUGUUCCAAAGCUAAAAGUAGAAGGCAAUAUUUCCCUAGAAUGAGGGCCAGAGCGUGGCUGGCUGACACCAGUAAGUUAUCUCCAGGGAAUGCAGAGCACUUGCUUAAGUCCUGAUGACAUGCAAGCUGCCCUGGGGCAGGCAAAGCAGGCAAUGCUUGGGAAUUAAAACCAUCCUUUCCAACAGCUGUGCUCUUUGUUACCAACAUGAGCAUAAGAGGAGCCGUGGGAGGGAGCUGAAGAUUCACCAGAGGAGCACAUCUGCUGUUCAGUACGUAUGGCACGCUGCAACAACCAAACCCAGCCGGUUCUGGAGGUCUAGCUCAGGUUUGCUGUUUCUCUUCUUUACUGGAGCCACUAAACUCGCCCUGCUGCAAUUCUUUUCCUUCUCUAUGUGUGUCACAGGCACAGAAAACAGAAAGCUUCACGCCCGGUGCCAGGAGGCUCAUCUUUUUUAAUGAGCUUUUGCAAGGAAACGAAGUAGCUGCUCUCUCCGUUCUUCUUGCCAUCUGCAGAACAUCCCAGGGCGCUCGCAGGAUGAGGUUUGCAGGAGGGCGUUGGGCGAGAUUUACAGCAGCCUCCUGACAGAGGCACUACGGCUGCGUUCUGUGGAUGCUAAAAAUAAUCGCCCUGAACUGGAAAACGCCGUUGUGCUGAGAGCAGCAGAUGGCAGCACAGCAUAACGAAUAGCAGCGCCUCGGAGGAAGGUCUCCAGCCCGGCUGGGUACCUUGGCACGUCCACCGAUCCUUGCCUUAGAGAUGCUUUGCGAGCUACAAGUGGAUUUAUUCGUGGUUUUCUCCCCUCUGGGUUGGCUGCAUCUGCACGGUGAUUUAUGUCCUAGGGGGCAGGAGGAGCCGCUGUCCCAUUAAAACGAAGUGCCUGGGAUGCACAUCCAUCACCAGCUCUUCCUGAAAGGCUGGGUGUCGUAGCAGGGUGCACACAGAUCCAUCUCUCCAAGCACAGAUGCUUUAAGGCUGAUCAAUGCUUUCCUUCAGAGAAAUUGGUUGGAGGAGAGGAACUCAUCUAAUUUCUCCACAUUUCUCAUCCCUAGCUAAACCUGUUAAUUCGAUUGCAGAGGGUCUCUAGGGAUGAGGAAAGGGAGAGACCCUCUAAGAGCUCUGGAAUGAGAGCAAAUGCACAGAGUGGAUCUGGCAAGGAAUCAGAGGAGAGGAGGAAAUGUGCCCUUCGUGUUGCUGCCUCCCAUGGUCAGCUCUGCCCUGCAGGGAGGUCUGGCUCAAUAACCACUGCACAUAUGUAUGUCUCUGUUGGUAUGGGAUGUUCUCCUCAUUCACGGGCCAAGGUUCAUGCUAGCUUUAAUUGUUAGCUGCCACAACAGCCUUGUAUGUGCAGGAUACAACUUCCAUUGGGCUUAUCUCAAGUUGCCGUCAGCUUGCAAUGUUCUAUCUUGAACAUUUUGAUUCUUGCUGCACCAAAAUGGGUUAUUCCUCAACAGAAACGCAUUUUAAGAGGCCAUUUUUAGUUUUGUUUCCAAUGCACACGCACUCAGACUCCAAGGCUUUUGUCAGAGCUCAGCUCACCAUGUCUUCCAGUGCAUCUCUCUGAAGUGGCCACAGAGAAGAGCAGACAACUUCUUGUUCUUAUCACAAAUGGAGCAAUGCUGCAUGCUGCAGUUCAGUGUUUGUAAUGGAGUCAGGCAGUGUUUUCUUCCAGCAAGGACUCCUUACAAAUCCUCUACAAAGAGACUUCCAAAAGCAAGAAGGGAUAUUUAGGUUCCUUCAUGGAGCCUUCAGUUCCUUCACGUUGGCUGCUUUUCAACCAACACCACUGACAGAAUGGGACAGGUGCUUGUAAAAACAAGUACACUUUGCAGGACACUGAGCAGCCCUUCUGAGGUACAACAUGCCCUCAAAUUCCUCUGGAGUUAACAGUAAUCAGCAUUUUGGAGAAGCACUCAGCUCGGUUGGAGGUGACUCUUGAAGAAUGACUUUAAGUCCUCCUGCCCUAAACAGAGCUGCACAAUGGAAGCCCUGCAGAAAUAGCACAGCAUGUUGAAAUCUGAUGUUUCCAAAGGUGCUGAGCAGCUCUGUGAUAAAGGAGCUGUGCUGAGCAGACCCAGCUAUUCCUCAUGGAUUAAUCUUGAUUUGUAUCAGCUGGGCCACUGCUCUCCUGCAGCCCCUGCUCUCUGCUUUUGUAUAACUGCAUCUAGCACUCAUUAGAGAAACUGCUGUGCACAGCUCAUUUUCCAGAUCCCCUGAUGAAGGUCCAUCCACCCUUCAGAGGCCCUGCAGACCCCAUGGGAUGCACACACAUCAUCUGAGUGCAUGAUUUCUUCACUGACAUUGAUGGGAUGGCAAGUAGAUCUUUUGGGCAAACUUUUUCACAGCAGACUCCAUGAAGGGAUGCUCGAUGUGCAUCAUCCAGCAAUGCCUAAUCAAUAAGGACGAAUGUUCCUGCAGGAUGGAUGCAUCUACGUUGAAAUUUCACAACCUCAGCAGUUAUUUGUCAGGCAACAAAGUGUACGGCGAGGGAAGUGGCAGGUCCCACUGUGAGUGCAUCCUCGAUGGGGGAAGAUUUUAAUUAACUUGACAUUUCUGAUAACCAAAUGACUGAAGAGAUGGCUGUGCUGAUAGCAGGAGCCUCUGCUGGGGCACACGGAAGGAAAGUGCCUGAAUGCAGAUUGCCACCAGCUGACGCCUCGCUCGGUGCCAAGCUGCGAUGCUCCUGAGCUUCGUCACCCCGUGCGGGACAGGGAAGGACGCAUCUGAGUGACUCCUCGUGCUCGGAAAUCUUUCUCCUUCCCUGAAAACUCGGAGGUGAGCUUCAGAACCUGAACCCUAUCGGGUAAACCCUCUUCGUGUUUGUGGGGAAAUCUGGGGGCUGAGCAUCAGCGAGGGCUGCAGGUGCUAAUUAGCGGCAGCGUUAAUAAAUCCCUCCCCUGCCCUUCCUUCUCCUCCCUCUCUUCCUGCCUCCUCCUCCUCGGGGGCGCGCUCUCCCGCCCGGGAGCGCGCAGUGCGGCGCGGCGAUCCCCGGCUGCGGCGAUCCCGGCGCUCCGGUGUGGCUGAGGACCCAACAGCCAUCAGCUCUCCUGGGGGGAGCAGGUGAGGUCAUAGCAUUAUCCUGACAUCCAAAAUGGUCCUGCACAGCCACCAGCUCACCUGUGCAGGGAUUGCAUUUGCUCUGUGCCUCCAACACCUCAUCAACGCCAUCGAAGUCCCUCUGGAUUCAAGUAUUCAGAGUGAAUUGCCUCAGCCCCCCACCAUCACCAAGCAGUCUGUGAAGGACUACAUCGUUGACCCCCGAGACAACAUCUUCAUCGAAUGUGAAGCCAAAGGGAAUCCUGUUCCCACCUUUUCCUGGACACGGAACGGGAAGUUCUUCAACGUGGCAAAGGACCCCAAGGUGUCCAUGAGGAGGCGGUCGGGGACGUUGGUCAUUGAUUUCCAUGGAGGUGGGCGGCCAGACGACUACGAGGGCGAAUACCAGUGCUUCGCCAGGAACGAUUUUGGCACUGCACUGUCCAGCAAAAUCCACCUCCAGGUGUCCAGAUCUCCCCUGUGGCCCAAGGAGAAGGUGGAUGUCAUUGAGGUUGACGAAGGUUCUCCACUCAGCCUGCAGUGCAACCCGCCUCCUGGUCUGCCUCCUCCUGUCAUCUUCUGGAUGAGCAGCUCCAUGGAGCCCAUCCACCAGGACAAGCGUGUCUCCCAGGGCCAGAACGGUGACCUGUACUUCUCCAAUGUCAUGCUGCAGGAUGCUCAGACUGACUACAGCUGCAAUGCACGAUUCCACUUCACCCACACCAUCCAGCAGAAAAAUCCCUACACCCUCAAGGUGAAAACCAAGAAACCCCAUAACGAAACGUCCUUACGAAAUCACACUGACAUGUACAGUGCCCGAGGGGUUACAGAAACAACACCCAGCUUCAUGUACCCAUACGGGACCUCCAGCAGCCAGAUGGUGCUCCGAGGGGUGGACCUGUUGCUGGAGUGCAUUGCAUCAGGAGUACCAGCACCAGAUAUCAUGUGGUACAAGAAAGGAGGUGAGCUCCCAGUGGGCAAAACCAAGCUGGAAAACUUUAACAAGGCCCUUCGUAUCUCCAACGUCUCGGAGGAAGACUCUGGGGAGUAUUUCUGCCUGGCAUCCAACAAGAUGGGCAGCAUCCGCCACACGAUCUCGGUGAGAGUGAAGGCUGCCCCUUAUUGGCUGGAUGAGCCACAGAAUCUCAUUUUGGCCCCUGGUGAGGAUGGCAGGUUGGUGUGUCGAGCCAAUGGGAACCCCAAGCCUUCAAUCCAGUGGUUGGUGAAUGGAGAGCCCAUUGAAGGUUCUCCACCCAACCCAAGCAGAGAGGUGGCUGGAGAUACCAUUGUGUUUCGAGACACGCAGAUCGGCAGCAGCGCUGUGUACCAGUGCAAUGCUUCCAACGAGCACGGCUACCUCCUUGCCAAUGCCUUUGUCAGUGUCCUGGAUGUGCCACCACGGAUACUGGCCCCUCGCAACCAGCUCAUCAAAGUCAUCCAGUACAACAGGACCCGGCUGGACUGCCCCUUCUUUGGCUCACCCAUCCCCACCCUGCGAUGGUUUAAGAAUGGCCAGGGGAACACGCUGGAUGGAGGGAACUACAAAGCACAUGAGAACGGGAGCUUGGAGAUGAGCAUGGCUCGGAAGGAGGAUCAGGGCAUCUACACCUGUGUUGCCACCAACAUCCUGGGCAAAGCUGAGGCCCAGGUUCGCCUGGAAGUCAAAGACCCCACCAGGAUUGUGAGAGGCCCCGAAGAUCAGGUGGUGAAGAGGGGCUCCAUGCCUCGCCUGCACUGCCGCGUGAAGCACGACCCAACGUUGAAGCUGACGGUCACCUGGCUGAAGGACGACGCUCCUCUCUACAUUGGGAACAGGAUGAAGAAAGAAGACGAUGGUCUGACGAUAUACGGCGUGGCUGAGAAGGAUCAGGGUGAUUACACCUGCGUGGCCAGCACGGAGCUGGACAAGGACUCAGCUAAAGCCUACCUCACCGUGCUAGCAAUCCCUGCUAACCGUUUGAGAGAGUUACCUAAAGAGCGACCCGACCGGCCACGGGACCUGGAGCUGUCAGACCUGGCUGAGAGGAGCGUGAAGCUGACGUGGAUUCCUGGAGAUGACAACAACAGUCCCAUCACAGACUACAUCGUCCAAUUUGAGGAGGACCGAUUCCAGCCCGGCACGUGGCACAACCACUCCAGGUAUCCUGGGAAUGUCAACUCGGCCGUCCUGAGCCUCUCUCCUUACGUCAACUACCAAUUUCGGGUGAUUGCAGUGAACGACGUGGGCAGCAGCCUGCCCAGCACGCCUUCGGAACGAUACCAGACCAGCGGUGCACGACCUGAAAUUAACCCAACGGGAGUUCAAGGAGCAGGGACCCAAAAAAACAACAUGGAGAUAACCUGGACGCCUCUGAACGCAACGCAGGCAUAUGGGCCCAACCUGCGUUACAUCGUGCGAUGGAGGCGGAGGGACCCACGUGGGAGUUGGUACAACGAGACAGUGAAGGCGCCACGGCACGUCGUCUGGAACACACCCAUCUACGUCCCCUACGAGAUCAAAGUGCAGGCAGAGAAUGACUUUGGUAGAGCACCAGAGCCUGAGACCUACAUCGGCUAUUCAGGGGAAGAUUAUCCCAAGGCUGCACCUACGGAUGUUAGGAUAAGAGUUCUAAACAGCACUGCCAUUGCUCUGACAUGGACCCGUGUGCACCUGGACACCAUCCAGGGACAGCUUAAGGAGUACAGAGCCUAUUUCUGGAGAGACAGUAGUUUGCUGAAGAACCUGUGGGUCUCCAAAAAAAGACAGUAUGUGAGUUUUCCUGGAGACCGAAACCGGGGCAUAGUGUCCCGGCUGUUCCCUUACAGCAACUACAAGCUUGAGAUGGUUGUAACCAACGGGAGAGGCGAUGGGCCCCGCAGCGAAGUCAAGGAGUUCCCCACACCUGAAGGAGUGCCCAGCUCCCCCAGGUACUUAAGAAUCCGACAGCCAAAUCUGGAAAGCAUCAAUUUGGAGUGGGAUCACCCAGAACACCCCAAUGGAGUCCUCACAGGAUACAACCUUAGAUACCAAGCCUUUAACGGAUCCAAAACGGGCAGAACCCUGGUAGAGAACUUCUCUCCCAACCAGACAAGGUUCACCGUGCAGAGGACAGACCCCAUCUCGCGCUAUCGAUUCUUCCUGCGUGCUCGGACACAGGUGGGAGAUGGAGAAGUCAUAGUGGAAGAGUCACCAGCACUGCUGAAUGAAGCCACGCCAACCCCAGCCUCCACCUGGUUGCCUCCACCUACAACUGAGCUAACUCCAGCAGCCACCACUGCCACCACCACCGCCAUCCCUACUACUGAAACCCCUCCUACUGAAAUCCCUACUACUGCCAUCCCUACCACCACCACUACUACAACCACCACAGCUGCCAGCACCGUCGCAAGCACUACAACAACUGCAGAGAGGGCUGUGGCAGCCACCACAAAACAGGAGCUGGCCACCAAUGGAUCGUCCAUAUGGGACAUAAGAGCUUGGGCUAAUAGUAACUGGGCAAACAUCACCUGGAGCCACAAUUACUCUGCAGGAACUGACUUUGUGGUUAAGUAUAUCACCAGUAACAAGACAGAGAAAUCUAUCCCCGUUAAAGCUCAGACCCCCUCCUCUGUGCAGCUGGCCAAUCUGACGCCGGGGAUGGUGUACAAGCUGUGGGUGUUCCCCAUAUGGUCUAGCCCCAGCGAGCAUUCGUACAUAACCUUUACCACCAGCUCAGCUUACACCAAGAACCAUGUGGACAUCGCGACCCAGGGCUGGUUCAUUGGGCUGAUGUGUGCCAUCGCUCUCCUGGUCCUCAUUCUGCUGAUUGUUUGCUUCAUUAAGAGGAGCAGAGGAGGGAAAUACCCAGUGCGUGACAACAAAGAUGAGCACCUGAACCCUGAGGACAAGAACGUAGAAGAUGGCUCGUUCGACUACAGUGAUGAAGACAACAAACCACUGCCCAACAGCCAGACAUCCCUGGAUGGCACGAUAAAGCAGCAGGAGAGCGACGACAGCUUGGUGGACUACGGAGAGGGUGGGGAAGGGCAGUUCAACGAGGACGGCUCCUUCAUCGGCCAGUACACGGUGAAAAAGGACAAGGAGGAGACAGAAGGCAACGAGAGCUCGGAAGCCACAUCCCCAGUCAAUGCUAUCUAUUCAUUAGCAUAGCGCAACGCAAUGGGACCACGAACAGCCUGUGGGGCUUGUAGUGGCUGGGGGUUAAAGAGCCGCCACCACCACGGCCUCCAACUCAACAUACAAAUGAAAACCAACCAAUGACACACACACACAAAAAAAAAAAAGAAAAAAAAAAGAAAAAAAAUGGAAAAAAAAUAGAAAAAAAUAAUCCAAGCAAACAGGCAGACCAGGUUGCUGCCAAUGCCAUCUUAUCCUUAGCAAACAAGUAAAUGGCAAGGACUCCUGAGGCGUGGAUGAGUUGUAGAUGUAGCCAGAAUUGGAGCUGAAGUGCAGAGAUGAAGGGAUGCAGGAGUGCUGUACCCAGCUCCCCGUGUCCUUUCUCUUCUUUUGGGAGGGAGUUUAUCAUUAUUUUUUUUUAAUAUAUAUUUAUAGGAAGGUUCCAGACAACAGGGGGAAAAAAAAGGAAUUUGGGGAGGGAAAAUGGCUGAGCAGAGAAACGUGUCAUCAAAAAUGUACAGAAGAAAAGGAGAGUGGUUUCCAUAUGGGCAACGCCGGCACGAUAUUGCACUGCAGCAAUGUCCAUCCCCAUGCAGCACCUUGCCCACAGCCUCUCCCAAACCUUCCUGAAGGUUCCAGCAGCAUCUCAAGCUGAGAAGUGUGGGUCUUCAACACUGUGGGACGAAGCCCCAAGGGCCACCAGGCCCAAAUCACGGGAGCCCCAGGAGGAUGAGGAGCUGCUGGGAUGCACUGCAGUAUGGCUAAGAGCCACUUGCCCACCGAGCCUGGCUCACAGCAUCACUUGCCUGGGGAAGCACAGGCAAAACAUUUUAGUUUAGUCUUUGCUUUGUAAGAAGUCUGGGGGAAAUCCCCCUCCCCAGACCAUGCCUGCUUUCUUUUAAAGGCAACUCCAUAAAUCUUAUGUAGCAAAGAGGGAGUGGAAGCAGGACCAGUACGAACAAGGGAUGAGGGGACCAGAAACUGCUUAUAAAAACAAAAAGAAAGCCACCAAACACCCGGUCAGGCUGAAACAAACCCCCCUGGGAGCGGUUAUGGGACCCCCACUGUUGCCCUGCACACUGCUCCAAUGCACAUCAGGGACACGCAUCCCUCAGGAACAGCAGUGGGACACCGAGGUCCCCCCCCCAGCAUCAGCUGCGUGCCAGGUUGGGCGUUCUCAGCUAACCCCUAAUUUCUCACAGCGGCCUUUCCCCUCCCUACCCCUUUAUCCCCCCCCCAAAUCAAUCAGCCUGAGAGACGCUCCCACAGCGCCGAACUCACCUCCGCUGUUCUUUACAUAUCAAAACCCCACGCAAUUUACUUUCAGCCUGGGAAACACGCCGUAACGAAGCGUCUCGGAUAGGAGUGCUCCUUCACAUGCCUUACACAGCUUCCAACGUCCCGGGACGUUUAACAGACUGACACUAAACCCCCACCCCGCUUCGCUCCCCAAUGCGACGGCCUCGGAGCCAGCGGAGCAGUAGGAGUAGGAUGCUGGACAUCUCCCAGAUGGGAACGCAUGGAUCCUGUAGAGGGUAGAGCCUUUAGUGGCCAACGCUGUGUGUAUUCUCCCACUUCCUGCACUUUUGAAACCAAAGGUACCUUCGCUGAGAGAGAUCGGAUUCCUUCAGACCGUUUCGCAGACGUCGAAUGAUGUUAGGAUGGAUUUUUCUUUUUUUUUUUCUUUCGUUUCUUUCCUAAGGAGGAGGGUUUUGUUCAGCUUAAUGGAUUAAACGCAAUAGGAUUAACGCAAUUAUUCUUUCAGCUGGUUUGCUACGAAGACGUAUCGCUAACGAGAACACUGCUAAUAGGGAUUGCUCAGAUGUACUUUGCCACAUUCUUGAAGCUGCUAAUGGCACAAUGAUCCUGCACUUUGGAGAGGAGAGCCAGGACCGGGUCAGCAUUAACAGAGCACAUGGGAGAAAACAGGCUGCAAGCAGACAGCAGACGGGUGACGUGCCCUUAACCCCAACCCCAACCUUACAGCUGAGGGGCUCCAGGUCAGCACAGGAGCCAUCUGCCAGGGCCCUUCCCAAUGUCACCUUGCAGGGCAGGGCCAUGUUUGCUGCUGCGACCCUCCUUGUAAUUGCACUCGUGCAACAGAUCCGUUGCUGCUGUUUUCACCAUUGGCCUCUCUAAGGAGAGCAUCCCCAGCCUAUCCCACAAUCGCAUUUCAGGUUUUAAGCAAACUCAUUAAGCCAAACAUAACACAGCUCUCAGUUAUGGAGGCUGGCUGCUUCCUGAGCCCACAGCUGUCUGUACGAGGUCACAUAGCUUGGAGGGAAAGCAACCUGCAGCCACUGCUAUAGAGAAGCAGCUUCUGCUGUGGGAACUGGAAGCCUUGGGUACCACACAGCAUCCCCAGCCCUCCAGGAGGCAUCGGUCCUGGCAGCAGGGCAGGCUGUGCCACCUGUCUGCUGUGUGCCAUUUGUAUUAACACUGGUGUUUGUGUCUUGCCAUUAACCUCUCUGCAUCUUGCUGGAAGCUGGGCAGUGUUCACCCUGCAGCCUUUCCGUGCUUGUCCAGUGCAACGUGGCUUCAGUGAGCCCCAAAAAGCCUCGAAGAAACAGUGACAGAGUCUGAGCAGCACCUUCCUUGUGAUCAAAUAGGAAACAAAGGCAAUGAGGACCCAAGAACGAAUGGCUCAGUGUGAUUUUUGUGGGCUUGUAGUGCUGGGUGUGAAUUUACUAAAAAAAAAAAAAAAAAUUGGAAGAUACAGUUAAAAACAAAAUUACUGUAUUUGUUUGCAAGUUGCCCUGAAGUUUCACCAGGGACAAGCAGAGGGCUGUGGGGAGGCUCUGUGCUAGCCCCAGGGCUGGGCCCUGCAGUGCCCAUCAAAGGGUGCCCAUCCCUGCAGGGCUUCUUGGAGCAGGUCAUGCUCUGAGCACCUCUUGUACAGAAAAUGCGUCCUCACUGAGCAUAAAAAGCAAGGACAAGCAUAUGCAUGGCCAGCUGGUGCUAACCAUGGAGCACAGGCAUAGGACAGGAGGGAGUGGCUGUUGCUUUGAUGCAAUACUGAGACUGCUCCUCUUUUCCCUGAAGCGAUGAUGCAGUGAGAGACAGAAGUGCUGCAGGAAGCACCGAGAGACAAAACGAGCCUUCCUGAAACCCUUCUGGUGGAAACACCAACAGCCCAUCCCCACAACACCCUUGCACAGCAUUGCCUUCUUGCGAAGUCCCCAAGUCCCUGCAGGAUGGCCACUUCUGCCUCCAAGGACAGAUAGAGCUGGCAAGGCAGAACGCACUGCUGUGAGGCUGGAGUGAGGGCAGAGCCGUGCAGCAGCAUCCCUUGCAAGUCCCAUCCAUCCAUCCUACAACCCUUCAAUUCCUUACCUCAUCCAUUCAUCCUGUACCCCAUCCAUCCGUCCCCCACACCAUCCAUCCUGUACCUCAUCCAUCCAUCCCAUGCCUGCCCCAUCUGUUCUGCACUGCAUCCAUCCACCCCGCGCCCCAUUUAUCCAUCCACCCCAUCGCCCGUCCACUCGCCCUGGUGCCCAUCCAUCCUCCCAUCCUGUAAGCACCAUUCUGUAUCUCAUCCGCCUCAUGCCUGCCCCCAUCAACCCUCCUGCCCGUCCACCCAUCCAUCUCACACCCCGUCCAUCCUCCAUCCCCCCCCAUCCAUCCGCUGCCUCUCCUCGGUGCACACCUCAACCUGCAACCUCACACCCGGCUCAGUUGUGUACUAGCAGCAAACAAUUUCAGCUAAGCAAUAAAAAAUAAACCUUGUAAGCGUAAAAAAAUAAUAAUAAUAAUAAUAAAAACAACCAACCCACCCACCUCCUAUUUCUUGCACUAAGACCUGUUUUAUUGAAGAGAAUAACGUCGAGUUUCUGGUCCCAGCACAACGCCCUGCUGCACCAGCGGCUCCCCCUGCCCAGCAUCACCUGUCUCUGUGCCCUUUGCAAGCAGGCAUUGGGCUUUGGUUGUCCAACAUGGUCCAAACCCUGUGUCAAACCCUCAACACCAACUUCUUCCUUUGCAGUACAGCGUUCUGUGUGUUCGUUUCUUCCUCUCUCACGGGAAGGAAAAAAAUAUCGGACUGUUUUGUUUCCCUUUAAUUUGUAAAUAUCUCUCCAUCCGUCCUCUCUGUAAAACCACCUGGUUGGUCUAAAUAUUCUAUGUAUUUAUUUGCCUUUUUUUUUUUUUUAAAGCAAAAAAAAAAAAAUCAACACCUUUGCGUUAACCCACUUGUUUCAAUGAGAAUUGAAUCUGAAGCUGUGAAAUUAACACUUUACAGCAAGAAGAGCUACGGACUACAGAAGAAGUGUUUAAUAUAAGGACUUCUAAACUGACUGCAUGAGAGAUGAAAGAAAGCCAAAAUACUCAGAUAGCAUUUUUUUUGAAUCACUGUAAAAAAAAAAAAGAAAAAGACUGGGAUUUUUUUGUAUAGAGAACACUAAACAUAUAAUAAAACAUUGUUCAAAAUUCA